AUGUCUGCACACCAUAUCUCCUCUCGGUACCACAUUCUUGAGCCAUACUCCGUGGAGCCGCACAUUCAAGUGAGCCUUGCAAAGAAUAAGGAGACGGGAGAGCUGGUUGAUUAUCACAACAUCUGCUAUGAAAAGCUCCUUGUUCAUCCACAAGAGCCAGAUUUUAUAGCGCUUGAGAGGUAUAUGCAGCUGAGGCAUCCAUGUCUUCUAAACAUCUUGGAUGUUUACCACAACAAACCAGCCCGUAAGGUAGUAGUCAUAACCGAGCGAUCUCCUUCACAUGAGCUAGCAGAUUUAAUCACAAAUUAUAAGUCAUCGGGCACGCUAAUUCCCGAGGAGCAAAUAUGGGCAAUCCUCUAUAGUGUGUGCGCCGGGCUUUCAUACUGCCACUCCAACAGCAAGCACAAUUGUCCCAAGGUCCCCAAAUUGGUACACAGACACGUCAGUAGCUUCUCGAUUUUGAUAGGAGAGAAUACAUCCAUGCUUACUAAGCUCCGCUUCCCAGAUCUCUUCACCCUGCUUGAUAUUCGUAGCAUUUCAGAGUCCCCUGCUUCUCAUCUAGUCUAUAUGGCGCCUGAGAUUCUACGCCGAGAGAAGUACACUGAUAAGGCGGACGUUUGGUCUCUGGGAUGUGUCGCCUAUGAGCUAUGCACGCUGACCCUAUUCACUAAAAUCCCGUCAUCAGAGGUCAUCAGACAGUCUCUUGACGGCUCUGGAAAGCAUAUCAGCUUGCCGAACUACUCUACUUCUCUCGAAGCGCUUGUUAACAAGAUGCUUACCUUCAAUGAGAAAGAGCGCAUCUCAUCGCACGAAAUUCUCUUGUGGCCAGAAAUGCAAACAGUGGCCACACUUGUGUCUGGUAUUCCUGCCCGCACGAACUCCCAGCUCAUGGCAACGAUCCGAGGAAACGUAGAGUCAGGAGAUGAUCUCCGUCAAAGUACCACAGACCUUUUGAACAGACUCAAUGCCACGUAUGGCAAGACAUCUGCAACACAGUCAUCGAGACAGACGAUGAGCAAGGAGAUCCAGGAUGCCCGGGACAGAUUUAUUGGAGACCCGACCACACGGCCUUUGUCUUCAGCUGUUGGUGGUCAGGAGUUUCAUCAUGCUGUCCCAAAUAUCUCAUGGAAAAGCGCGCUGAUGCGCUCUGGACAGUUAGGAAAUUCUAUGACAGCAUCGGCCGUGAACUCUCCGGGAAUGAUUCCAGCUAAUCAAGGUCCCGAUCCAAUAACCAAGAGCUUUGCAGGCUCCCACGGUAUGACAGGCAUGACCGCCAGCCAACUAAACGUAGCAGAUUAUUCUGCGAUUGUAGCCAAUGCCGCGAAGAUGGGAGGGGACUCUGCGGUUAUGAAAGAUGAUGUUGCGACUCAGAUACUGCAGAGCAGACGCAUAACUGAGCCCAUUAACGACAGGCUUGCUACACAAAAGUACACAAAGAAGACGACAGACAUGGAGGAGGUUGCGCCUAUUGUUGUCAACGAGAUCAUGUCUGAUUUUCUUACUAUGCGCUACGGGGUCCAGGUAGAUAAGGAGCAUCUAGUCGAUAGAAUUUUCAAUGUUGUUCCUGGCAAGAUAGUGAAUGCCGAUAAGGCCGAUCUGGAUCCAGAAGCCCCAGAUGUCCAACGAGACAUAAGACGCCACUCUCCAAACGAUAUAGUGGACUUAUUAAUGAUGAAAAAAGAGCUCGAUGAGAGGCUCGAGCCGUAUGCCUAUCGGCUCAGCAAUUCCUCUGAGUCACGGGCCAGAGAUCGCUAUAAGCAGUCACGUGAGAAGGAGUCAUAUGAGCCUCAUCUUACAGGUGACCACACGCUUCGCACAAUCGAGAACGACGUUCAGAGCUGUCUUGAAACUGCGUCUAAUGUGGCAGCGAACUCAAACCGGAAGCGCUCGAAGUCUUCUGGAAAGACCAAACAGCCCCGUGGCCGUGCUAAGUCCAGGCAAAAAUCGGCUGCUUGCUGCAACGCUAGGCUGCAGGAUAAUGAAUAUAACGAAGAAGAGUUGGAGAUCCAUAAUGCAUAUGCAGACCCACGGGCAUCUCAGAUUAUUAAUGGCACUGUUAGCGCCCUCGGAAACACCAUAAUAACUCGCCCUAAUGCAGAAGGAGACAAGCUAGAGGAGAUACGUAUUCUGGAUGACGAGCAAAUGCGAGCAGAGGAGGAGCUCCGUAAUCAGGAGAGAAUAGAAAGUGACAUUGAGAUGACGAUCAAGACGCACAACGACAUGGUUGCAAACGAUAGCACUCCCCUCAUGGUUGCGGCUUCGGCAGAUAAUGUGGACCAGGUCAGGUUUCUUUUGCCAAUGCAUGGUGGCGAAACUACAACAAAGGGCAUCACCGCGCUGAUGAUGGCUGCAUCUGCUGGCCAUGUGCGGUCUGUAAAGCUCUUAAUACCAAAGGAAGGCCGAAUGCAGGACAAGGACGGCAUGACAGCGCUCAUGUACGCAGCUCACUUUGGAAAAUUGGAGGCAGUGAAGGAGCUUGUAGAAGCAGAACACAAUAAGGUCAAUAGCGCAGGACUGACUGCCCUUAUGAUUGCAGCAGAAUUUGGCAAUGUCGACAUUGUUAAUUUUCUGAAGACAUACGAAAGUAAGAAAUUCUCUGCUUCUCGUGAAACCGCUAUGAUGCGAGCCGCAAAGCUAGGGCAUGUUGAUAUAGUGAAGGAGCUGCUAGGGUUUGAGUCUAAACUACAGAACAAAGAUGGCUACACCGCCUUGAUGAUUGCCAUUCAAUGUAAUAAUUCUAAAAUAGCUGCACUCUUGGCCAACUCGGAGGCGGGAGUCGCAACAUCGGCCGGCUGGACUGCGCUUAUGUCAUGUGCCACCAACUCAAAUGUGGAAGCAGCAAGGAUCUUAGUUAAUCAUGAAGCGAACAUGCGAGAUAAGUAUGACGAGACUGCUCUCAUGAAGGCUGCAAAGUCAGGAGCAGUGAAUGUGGCGCGAAUCCUCCUUCCCGUGGAAGCGUGCCAGACCCGUUAUGACGGUAAGACUGCACUAAUGUGUGCUGCAGAGGCCGGUCAUCUCCCACUAGUAUCACUACUUCUUCCUAAAGAGGGACGGAUGAAGCGCACUGAUGGUACUACAGCGUUGAUGUGCGCCGCUCAAAGCAAUUGCAUCGAGGCAGUGCGCUUGUUGCUUCCAUCCGAGAAACGCAUGCAGAAGCUCGAUGGAGAGACUGCCCUUAUCCGUGCCAUCAGGUGGAGCAGGCCUGAGGCCGUCCAGGAGCUUGUGAAGGAUGAGUAUGACCUCAACAUGUACGAUGAUAGGACCGUCCUAGAUAUAGCAAAACAGACGGGAAGUAGGGACAUUACAGAGAUAAUAUUCUCUUAUAUAUGA